AUGCUGAAGAAACUCCAGCAUCCGAACAUAGUGCGUUUUUACAACUAUUGGGAGGGUACUGUUGCCAAAAAAAAGAACAUCGUACUCAUCACCGAGCUCAUGUUGUCCGGUACCUUGAAGGCGUACUUGCGUCGGUUCAAACGUAUCAACCCGAAGGUGCUGAAGUCCUGGUGCCGUCAGAUCUUGAAGGGGCUGAACUUCCUGCACUCGAGGACGCCGCCCAUCAUACACAGAGAUCUGAAAUGUGACAACAUCUUCAUCACGGGCACGACUGGUAGCGUUAAGAUAGGUGAUCUAGGAUUGGCGACUUUGAAAAAUCGAAGUUUCGCUAAAUCUGUCAUUGGCACACCGGAAUUCAUGGCGCCGGAGAUGUACGAGGAGCACUACGACGAGUCGGUGGACGUGUACGCGUUCGGCAUGUGCAUGCUGGAGAUGGCCACCGGCGAGUACCCGUACAGCGAGUGCUCCGGGCCCGCGCAGAUAUACAAGAAGGUCGUCUCGGGCGUGAAGCCACAGAGCUUGGAGAAAGUCACCAUAUCAGAGGUGCGGGACAUCAUCGAAUCUUGCAUCAAACCAAAUAAAGGAGACAGGCCGAAGGUGAAAGACUUAUUGAACCACGAGUUUUUCGGUGAGGACAUCGGGCUGCGGCUGGAGAUAGUGGGCAGAGAUCUGGUCACGUCGUCGGACAUCACCAAGAUACAGUUUCGACUUAAAAUCAUCGAUCCGAAGAAAAGGUCUUACACUCAUAAGGAAAAUGAAGCGAUACAAUUUGAAUUCGAUAUUGAACAAGACGACUGCGAGGAGGUCGCCAACGACAUGGCUAAGGCCGGCCUCAUCAUGGAGGAGGACGCGCGGAUUGUUUUCAAACUGCUCAAGUCCCAGCUUAUCAGUCUCAACCGGGAGAGGAGUGAGAAGAAAGCACAGAUGUUGUUCAACCAAGACCUGAUCAAAGAACAGAAUCUCCUUUUGGAACAGCAGCUAAUGAAGGUGAAGAUGAUGCAGAAUCAACAGCAGGUGGGUCCUGGUGAGCAGGUGAAGGCUGGUCUGCUAAAUGGCGUCGGACCACAACCUCCACUAGCGGCCGUACAGCUCGACCAGCAGUCUCAGCUGUUGCAAGCGCAACAACAGCUGCUGCAGCAUCAGCUCCAGCACAAUCUCAUGCACUCGGGCCUGUCGCCUGCCACAGAUCAACAUCUGCUGCAGCAACAGCAUCUGUUCGAACAAAACAUACAACAACAGGUAAUGAUGGAGCAGAAUCUCCUGAACCAGCAAAUGUACGAGCACACCGUCCAGGGUCAGAUCAUGGAGCAGCAGGUGCAGCAGAACCUCCUAGAUGUGAACCCCGUCCAGGCCCAGCUGCAGCCCGUCCUCCUCAAUCAACAGCUUACCGCCGAAAUCAACAACCAGAACCAGGCGCUCCAGCAGCAGAUCAUCCAGCAGCAGCAGAACAUCAUCGCCCAGCAGGCCGCCGCCAUCCAACAGAAACAACUGGAGGAACAGAUGACCCAGGAGAGCAUGAUUUCCGCCCCCCAGAAUCUCGGUGCGGGCCAAGUGCUCGAUCCGUCGCUCCAGAAUCUUCAGAACAUACUCACGCAGAUCAUCAGGCCGGACAACCUUCAACCGAGGAAGGAGGCCGAAGCCGAAAUGCAGCAAACUCAACAGCAGCAGCCGGCGCCGGCGACGAAUCAACUCGAGAACGCGGACCGGCAGCGGCAGGAGGAGACGAGACAGAGGAUGCAGAAUCUGAUAGGCGCCCAGUUCCAGCAGCAGAAUCUGAACUUCCAGCAGGCGCAGCAGGUCGCGCAACCUAUUUUCGACCCGACAUUCCUCGCGCAGCAGCAGCAGGUGGCGCAGGCGCAGCAGAACAUCAGUCAGGCGCAGCAGCAGCUCAACAUCCAGAAGCAGAUGCUCGCCCAGCAGCAGCUAGUCCUCCAGCAGCAGAUACUCACCCAGCAGCACCUGCCGAUGCCCGCGCAGACGCUGUCCCCGCAGCACAUCCGCAACCUGCAGCAGCAGCAGUAUUUGGCGCAGCAGGAGCUGCAGCUGCAGAGCCAGCAGAACUUCAUCGACCAGCAAAACUUCGCGCUGUUCGCGCAGAAGCAGCAACUGAUGGGGCAGCACCACCAGAGGGUGGAGGAGAUGCUGCGCAUGCAGCGGCCCGCGUACCAGCGGCAGGGGUCCGAGCAGAGCCAGGUGAGUUCGGUGGACGCGCAGCUGCAGGCGCACAUCCAGAAGCAGACGUCGGUGCCGGCGGAGGAGGCCCCGUACCGCCCCCCUCCCGCCGCGCAGGGCCAGUCGCUGCCCCACACGAUGCUCCCGCAGAGCUUCGGCGCGGUGCAGCAGACCGACCGCCAGAUAUCCAGCCACGAGGGCACCCCGGUGCAGAACUACACCACCAACCCCCUGCAGAUGUACCAGCAGGCGCCCGCGCAGCCCGUGCAGCCGGUGAUGCAGAACCUCCAGUACCAAAUGGAGGCCGCGGGGCCCUCGUUGCCGCCGCAGAACGUCGUCCAAUCUAUGCCGCAGGAGGUUCAGAUGGCCCCUUCCGCCGCCCAACCGGUCCAAUCGAUCCCUCAGUCGGUUCCUCAGCCGCUUCAGUCGAUGCCUCCCCCUGUGUCGACGGUCCCGCAGCAUUUGUCUGACGGUGUUCCGCAGCAGCUGAGCUUGAGUCAGGAGCACGUGGAGAACGGCUACUCGAACGGCCCGAAAGAGCAGUUCCUGACGCCGAUGAGUGAAUUUCCUUCGGCGGCGACUCACGCCGAAUCCAUCCGGCCCCCGGAACUCAGCUCCGUUGAGGAGAAGCAGGCUGAAACACAGGAAGCUGGCACAGCGAUACCGUCUCCUAUAACGAGCGAGAAGAAAUCCCGUGGUUCUAAAAAACGUUCCCGGGAGAAGGACAAACUGCCGAAGCUGACCGUGCUGGAGGUGAACGAAACUGACAACGUGGUGGAGUGCCAGCUUGAGUCCAAGUCGAAGACGGUCACAUUCAAGUUUGACAUCACCGAUGUCAAUCCUGAAGAAAUCACCAGCAAUCUGGUGUCCAACAAUCUGUUGGGCGAGUGGCAUAGCGCGGCGUUCACGGAGCUGAUCCGCGACAUCGUGGGCCAGGUGGUCGCCAACCCCGGGGUCACACCAGUAGUCAACGCACACCACGUCUCGCUGCCCCGGGACGUAGACAAGACCGAUUACGAUUCUGAGACGACAGAGCGUGAGGAGAAUCUGACGGAUUCGAAUCAAGACAACUCAGAGUGCACCACGCCCACCGCCAGCCACGACAACAUCGCCGCCGAGCUCGCCUACGACCCCGCCCCCGCCUCCGCCCCCGCGCCCGCCCCCGCCCCCACCCCCGCGUCCGCAUCCGUCGCGCACAGGCCCCCAGCGGACGCUCUAACCAGAAAAAUCAGCACCGCUUCUUCUAUAGGUUCAAAUCAAUCAGACGGCGGGUCAGCUCUUGCUCCCGAUCGAUCGGGCAGCUCUGAAUCACAGAAUGAUAAAAAGAAUCAGAAGCCGACGCGCAAGAUAUCCAGGUUCCUAGUCAGCCCGGUGGUAGACCGCGGCCAGGAGAGUGAAGACCUUGAGAGGACAGAUACCAACGCUAGCGAAGACGCAUCCAAUACACAUGUACCGCAGGAGGACCCGCCGCAGCCUCCCGCGGGCCCCCCAGAGCCCGCAGAGGCGCCGGAGCCCUCGCGCACCCUCGCCAGUCUCACCACGCCGCUGCAGAUAUCCACAGAGCCGUCAUUACUGGGCAUGUCCCGUGCGGGGCUGUGCUUAGGGGCUGCAGGCAGGUUGGAGGUGUCGCGCGCGCCAGCGCCCUCCCUCUCACACACGCCGGACACCCACCCGGACACCCAUCCCGACACCAACCCCGACAACAUACAGCGCAUGCUGCUCAAGCAGAACAUCAUCAAGACUGCCGCCGCAGUAUCAGCCACAGAAGUACUAUCAGCCGAUGCUCGCCACGGCCAACGACUUCAUAGCUCAACAGCAAGCGUUGCAGUCGUCGGUGAGUCAGCUGGCGGGCAACCAGAUGGGGCCGGCGUUCGGGCUGGGGCUGGGGCUGCAGCCCGGCCUCGCCACGCUGCAGCACCAGAACAUGGGCCUGGCGCAGAACCUCGGCUUCAACCAGAACCUCAUCGCGCAGAACCUGGGACAAAACUUAGGUCUAUCGAGUCAAAAUUUAGGAUUAGGCAGUCAGAAUCUCAUAGGUGGGCAGAACCUAUCUCUGGGCGGCCAGAACCUGGGUCUGAUGGGACAGAACCUGGGCCAGCUAGUCGCGCACCGAGCCGUCCACCACGCGCUCGCACGGCGCGCCGCCGAUAUGGAAGCAGCCAGUAUGACGAAUGUGAACUCGACUGGUUCGUCGCAGCCCAGCACGCCCAACAAGAGUCAAUCAUACAACGAGUAUAUGCUCACGCUCCAACACAAACUCGCCUCUAUAUCUAA